AUGCAGAACAAGUAUUUGACGUUGUUUUUGGGUGGUAAGUUUUCAAACAUUUUGAAUUUUUGCUUUGAUACGAAUGAAUAAUAAAAUAAAGCCACGUAUUUAUAACACCGCAGGUGUGCUUUCGAAUCGCCUAUCAUAAAUAUUGUUUGCCAGUAUGAGCGCAAUGUUUCUGGAUAUCAGUCUGUCGGGAAAAUAAUGUGUGUUUGUCAUAGAAAAAGUUUCGCCUUGCCGCAGCUCAAAUCGCAAGCCGCGGAAAACCGUCGCAAAGCGAUGAUGGGCGAUUCCAAGGCGCGACGAAUCCACAUUAUUUUCCCGACUGGUCGAUGUCACCAAAAAGAAAACCUUCCAUGAGGCGUAUGGGUGAUCGAAAUUAGGUUUAAACGAAACUUUUUUGGUGACUUCCACAUUUUUUACCGCUAUAUUCACGUCGCAGCCCUAAAAAUCGGAAUUUUUAGCACCAAAUCUCUAAAAAUUGGUUCUAAGGAUUCCUGACACCAUUUAUUAUAGGCGGGUUUCGUCGUACGAAAGUUUGUUGUAUAGAGGUCUCAAUAUCAGUCUGUCGGGAAACUACUGUGGAUUUGUCGCAGCGAAAUAUCUCGUCUCGUUGGGAAAUUUUCAUCUCCAGCCGCGGUAGCCGUCGCAAAGCGAUGAUAAGCGAUUUCAAUGCGUGAUGAAUCCACAUUAUUUUCCCGACAGACAAAUAAAAAAUUUCGGGCGAAACUUUUUUAACACUGCCAAAAUUCAGGCCAGAACAUUUUUUUGGUGUAUUUCACAAAAAAAAAAAAUCAAGAACAGCUUUUCACCCGAUUUUUUUGACAAAACGUUUAGAGGAUCCAUUGUUUGUUCCUGAUUUGUAAAAUUGAAAAUAUUCGUUUUGUAAUUUUUGAACGCCUUUUAUGACCCAAGAGAACAAAGCGAAACAAUCGCUAAGAAAUUCAGAAGACGCUUCCGUCAUUUUUGUUUACCUUGCGGAGCAUUGCGGCUCAGCACGCUUUGUUUACUGUGUGAAAUGGUCUCGUAUUUAUUACAUACCAGAUUUUUUGCAAGUUAUGAACUCUGUCGGGAAAACGAUGAGCACUCUGUGGCGCACGUCAAAGAAAAAGUGAAAAAACAAGGAGCCCCGGACCAUUGAUUUUUGACGAAAUCUCGCUGAAUUAUCGAGUCACAAAAGAAAACUUUCUCAGAGAACUUCGAGAAAAAUGUUUUUUCGAAGAGGAAAGUAAUUGUUCAAGCUCGAUAAUUCUGUGGAACUUCGCAAAAAAUCAAUGAUCCGAGAUUCCUUGUUUUUUUCAAUUUUCUGAAAGAAUUGUUUUGACGUGUGGCGUCGCAAAUCGCAUCGCAACGCGUUGAGAAAAUGAAUUGUUUUCGCGGCAAAAUCAAAUUGCUUUUCACUUCAGCGACGCGAUCGGCGCAGCGACAGAGCGCUCAUUAUUUCCCCGAGACACUUUUAAGAUUGUUAAAAUAUAAUAAUUUGCAAAAAAUCGCAUUUAACGGUAUCCUGAAAGCAUAAAGAUAAGAUUGCUUACAAGUGCCGAGCUUUUUUUUAUUCCGCACAAGGCUGACGUGUAUUUCGAACGCUCAAAAAAAGAGGCAAAGAAAGCAGCGUGAAGGCCGACCUUUUAUUUGUUCGCAACUUUUUUCGCCGUUUACUUGAGGUAACUUUUACUUGAGCUGACAUUUUGACCCCAACAGAAACCGCAGAGCAACAGUUUUUGCAGACAUUUUUUUGUUUACGUCGCUGAAAACAUUGGAUUACAGCGUGUUAUUUUAUUUAUCGCUGAGCCUUCGACCGCUGUCAAAACAAAAAACAUCUGUUUUUGCUGCAAAUCCUGUUACUCUGUAGCGUUCAACACUAUAGAAAAUAUAAAUAAGUCUGUCGGGAAAAUAAUGUGGAUUCGUCGCGCAUUUGGAAUCGCCCAUCAUCGCUUUGCGACGGCUAGCCGCGGAUUUUGGAGGUUUGUCUCGACGAGGCGGGAAAUUUUGCCGCGACAAAUCCACAUUAUUUUCCCGACAGACUGAUGAUAAAACUUUUGUUCAACAAACUCCCCUACGGCAAAACCUGCCUAUAAUAAACGGUGUCAGAAAUUCCAAAAGUCAAUUUUUAAGCCAAAACCUCCGUAGAACGACACCCCUCUACAACAACAAAAAAUUUUUCGGUCCCUUGUAAACCGUGGCACAUAUGUUUGAAUGUAUCAAUCUGUCGGGAAAAUAAUGAACGUGCUGUUGCAUGGAAAAUCGCAUCGCCGCCGAGAAAAUGAAGUGUUUUCGCGGCAAAAUCAAAUCGCUUUUCACUUCAGCGACGCGAUCGGCGCAGCGACAUUGUGCUCAUUAUUUUCCCGACAGACUGAUAUAAUACAUAAUUCUCACCAAUAUCAACCGCCUGCAUCACCAGACAGCAGUAAAACUCGCAUUUUAUUUUCAGUUGCUCUCGGCCUCACAAUGAUCAUAGUGACCCUGGUCAUUAUCAUCCUGUACUCCGAGAAACAGCUCGCCGAUGCUUGGGCCGCAUUGCCGACCACCAGUCGGCCGGCAUUCCAAGCCACUGUCAGUAAUGGGACCUACAGUGUGCCUUUUGUCAUGAUCUCGGACCAAGAUAAACGCUCAAAAAUUCAGAAAGGAUUGUACGUCGCCCCCUCGGUCCGGGGCUAUCUGAAUUACAAUUUGGUAAGUAACUAUGCGUUUAAUUUUUGCUGUGCGGCGCUGGAUGAAAACUCGUUAAGAAUCUGUCGGGAAAACUGUGAGCGCAAAGUCGCUGCCCCAUUCGCGUCGCUGAAGUGGAAAGCAAUUUGAUUUUGCCGCGAAGACAAUUAAUUUUCUCGGCAGCGAUGCGAUUCUCGAUGCGUCAGAGUGCUCAUUAUUUUCUCGACAGACUGAUAAGAGUUGAAAUUGGGUAUUCCGAAGGCUUAAAAUUCAUUUUUUUCAUAGAAAUUUAUUUAUUUCAUGUGCUUACAAUCGAAAAAGUUUUUUGUGUUUCUCACCCACUCUCCUCAUUUUACGAAUUCUCUCGCAAAAAAUUGCCUUUCUAACAGGCAAUUUUUUGUCGAGAAAAUGAAUUGUCUUCGCGACAAAAUCAAAUUGCUUUUCACCUCAGCGACACGAUUGGCGCAGCGACAUUGUGCUCACUACUUUACCCACAGAAUUGAUAGUAAAUAAUAUUGCCCAUAUUUCCUCCACUGAUAUGUAACCACUGAAUGCAUGGCUUCAAUUUUCAGGAGCUCUCAAAGUUUCAUGUGAACUACGACUCAGUCUACAACUACACUUCCAAUUACGGGUUCGCCGACAAAGGAAUGGAACUGUCGGACCUCAAAUACUACAAGGGAUACCUAAUAGCGCCGGACGACAAAACAGGAAUUCUUUUCAAGUCAGUUGACGCUAUUUACUCCACCUUUUUAUGGAAAACAAAAUAAUCAAGAUGUUUUUUUCAGAAUGACCGGAACAAAGGCCAUUCCUUGGGUGAUAAAUGCGGAUGGCGAUGGGGAAAGUGAUAUGUGUAGGUUUGGAAACCCACUUUUAUGAAUUGUACAUUUACUUUUCCAGCAUUCAAAGCCGAAUGGAUCACGGAGAAAGACGAUCUUCUGUAUGUGGGAAGUCAUGGAACAGAACAGGUCAUGAGGAGAAAUGAGACAAUUAUGGAUGAAAAUCGAAUGUGGAUCAAGGUAAACACAGGGUAAAAAGGCGAGAAAUUUCUCGAAAAAACAACUUUUUUUCAUGAUUUUGACAUGUUGUAUUUUACAACUUGUUUUUGAGUGCACAGUGCCGAAAUGAAAAUUUUCGCUUUUCGCACUGUGCGGUUUUCAAAACGCAGUAAAAACUUGAUAAAAAUAAAGAGUACGUAUUUACGAAACCCCAUGGCUAAACUGAAUGUGCUACUCUCAGCGAUGACCGUAUUUUAGAGACAUUUUUUGACUGCACUGUGCGAAAAUUAAAGAAAAAAUUAUUUUAAUUAUUUUGCAUAGUGCGUGUUUCAAAAAAAUUGAACUCUGUGACAGAGAAAACUAAGCUAUGACUAACAGCUAUAGACCAUAAUCAGCCCAUAUUUCCAGACAGUCAACUCUCAAGGCCAUGUUGAACAUCAAAAUUGGAAGAACAACUACAUGGCUCUUCGCGACGCUGUGAACGUCACGUUCCCCGGCUAUAUCGCGCAUGAAGGCUGCCAAUGGUCAAAACUACACAAGAAAUGGUUCUUCCUGCCGCGGAGGCUGUCUCACGAGGUGUUCAACCCAUUUCAGGACGGGUUCCGCUCAACCAACGUGCUCAUGAUUGCCGAAGAGGAUUUCUCACAAAUAGAGGUCAUAGAAAUCGGCGCCGUAGUGCCCGAACGAGGCUAUAGUGCCUUUCAGUUCGUCCCUGGUAAGACACACCGAAAGGCAUUUGCUGCGGCGUAUUUUACAAUCGUUUUUAUAUUAUUCAUGCUUCAGACACGAAUGACACCAUAAUUUUUGCUCUAAAGACAGUGGAAGCUCAAGGAAUGCCGUUGGAGACGUACGCAUCUGUCUUUGACAUAAAAGGGAACAUUCUCCUUCCGGAUGUUGUUGUUCCGUUCGCGUAUAAACUCGAAGGCGUCGAAUUUUUCGACUUCACGCAACAAGAUUGGUUGUAA